AUGGAUGAAAUGGAGGAAGAGUUAAAAUGCCCAGUUUGCGGCUCUUUUUACCGGGAGCCCAUCAUACUGCCGUGCUCCCACAACAUUUGCCUGGCUUGUGCUCGGAAUAUCCUUGUGCAGACCCCCGACGCCGAGUCCCCUCAGAGCAGCCGAGCCUCCGGAUCCGGCGUCUCCGACUAUGAUUACUUGGAUUUGGAUAAAAUGAGUUUGUACAGUGAGGCGGACAGUGGAUAUGGUUCAUAUGGGGGCUUCGUCAGCGCUCCGACCACCCCUUGCCAAAAAUCACCGAACGGGGUGCGAGUUUUCCCCCCGACUGUCCCCCAGCCUCCUCCGCAACAGCACCUGCUACCGCAGCCCGGCUCCUUACCCCCGAUCCCCCGCAACUCCUGCAUCACCUGCCCACAGUGUCACCGCAGCCUCAUCCUGGACGACCGGGGGCUCCGCGGAUUCCCUAAGAACCGGGUGCUGGAGGGGGUUGUAGACAGGUAUCAGCAGAGCAAAGCGGCCGCUCUCAAGUGUCAGCUCUGCGAGAAGAGUCCGAAGGAGGCCACCGUGAUGUGCGAGCAGUGCGACGUCUUCUACUGUGACCCGUGCCGCCUGCGGUGCCAUCCUCCCCGCGGUCCCCUCGCCAAGCACCGCCUGGUGCCGCCAGCGCAGGGGCGGAUAAGUCGCCGCGCGAGUCCCCGCAAAAUCUCCACUUGCACAGAGCACGAACUGGAGAAUCUAAGCAUGUACUGUGUACAGUGUAAGACGCCUGUGUGCUAUCAGUGUUUGGAAGAAGGGAAACACGGCACGCACGAAGUCAAAGCUUUGGGCGCAAUGUGGAAACUGCACAAGGGUCAGCUGUCUCAGGCUCUCAACGGCCUGUCGGACCGAGCCACCGAGGCCAAGGAGUUCCUGGUUCAGCUGAGGAACAUGGUGCAGCACAUCCAGGAGAACGGGGUUGAGUUCGAGGCCUGUUUGGUGGCGCAGUGCGACGCCCUCAUCGACGCCUUGAACCGACGCAAGGCCCAGCUGCUGGCCCGAGUGAACAAAGAGCACGAACACAAACUGAAGGUGGUUCGGGAUCAGAUCUCCCACUGUACUGUGAAGCUGCGUCAGACCACGGGGCUGAUGGAGUACUGUCUGGAGGUCAUCAAAGAGAAUGACCCCAGUGGUUUCCUGCAGAUCUCGGAUGCUUUGAUCCGGAGGGUCCACAUGACAGAGGGCCAGUGGGGGAAGGGAACCCUCACCCCGAGGAUGACCAGCGACUUUGACCUCACUCUGGACAGUGGACCCCUGCUGCAGACCAUCCACCAGCUGGACUUCGUCCAGAUGAAAGUCCCAGCUGCUCCUAUGCUCCAGCUGGAGGAAUGCUGCACUCAGAACAACAGCGCCACGUUGUCAUGGAAACAGCCACCGCUCUCCACCAUCGCCGUGGACGGUUACAUCCUGGAGCUGGACGAUGGAACCGGGGGGCCGUUCAGGGAGGUGUACGUGGGGACGGAGACCAUCUGCACGGUGGAUGGGCUCCACUUCAACAGCACAUACAAGUCCAGAGUGAAGGCCUUUAAUGCAAGUGGAGUGGGCCAGUACAGCAAGACUCUGAUCAUGCAGACCAGUGAGGCUGGACUCCCUCCAUGCGAUAUUCAGUCUAUAGGCACAGUUGCUUGGUUCACCUUCGACCCGGCCUCCGCUCACCCGGACAUCAUCCUCUCCAACGACAAUCUGACGGUGACGUGCAACAGCUACGAUGACAGGGUGGUCUUGAGUAAUUCCGCUUUCUCCCGCGGCGUUCAUUACUGGGAAAUGACCAUUGAUCGCUAUGACAACCACCCGGACCCGGCCUUUGGGAUCGCUCGGGCCGACGUCCUGAAGGAUGUGAUGCUGGGGAAGGACGACAAGGCCUGGGCUAUGUACGUGGACAACAACCGCUCCUGGUUUAUGCACAACAACUCGCACACCAACAGGACGGACGGCGGCAUCAGUAAAGGAUCUACAAUAGGAGUCCUGCUGGACUUCUCACGUGGGAUCGUUAUCUUCCUCAUCAAUGAUGAGCAGCAGGGUCCAGUGGCUUUUGAAGGCUUGGAGGGCGUCUAUUACCCUGCUAUCAGCAUCAACCGAAAUGUCCAGGUCACGCUGCAUACUGGACUACCAAUCCCAGAUUUCUACACUCCCGGGGAGGCAGAUCCCACUGGCUCUGUGUGCUGA